AUGCCUACUUUAAGCGAUUUCAAGUCAAAUAUCGUAGAAGACGCGGGCAAGACCGAUUAUUAUGCUCGUAGGAAGCUUGUUGUCCAAGCCAAAAACAAAUAUAAAUCACCGAAGUACCGUUUGGUCGUCCGUUUUACCAAUACGGAUGUAAUUGUUCAAAUUAUUUAUGCUAAGAUAGAAGGCGAUUAUAUCUUGACAGUAGCGUAUGCGCAUGAAUUACCAAAGUAUGGUAUUAAAAUUGGUUUGACCAAUUGGGCUGCAGCAUACACCACUGGCUUACUUGCAGCUCGUAGAGUUCUUACCAAACUUGGCUUGGCAGAUAAGUAUGAAGGUGUUACUGACCCGGAUGGUACAAUUUGUCCUAUUGAAGCACUCGACGAUGCUCCACGUCCCUUUAAAGCCUUUUUGGAUGUUGGUUUAAAACGUACAUCAACCGGUUCCAAGGUCUUUGCUGUGCUGAAAGGUGCUUCUGACGGUGGUAUAUUCAUUCCUCAUAGUGAAAAUAGAUUUCCGGGAUAUGAUACCGAAUCUAAAAAACUUGAUUCAGAAGUUCUCCGUAAAUAUAUUUAUGGAGGUCACGUCGCUGACUAUAUGCGCCUUCUUCAGGAAGAGGAUGAUGAAAAAUAUAAACGUCAAUUUUCUAAAUUUAUUGAAGCUGGUGUUUCUGCUGAUGAUCUAGAGGAUAUUUAUAAAGAAGCACAUGCAAAGAUUCGAGCCGAUCCAAAAUUUACACCUACGCAAAAGAAAGGCGACUACAAAGUUUUCAAGAAGUUUACGAAAUCGAGAUUGAACUUAAAACAGAGAAAGAACAAGGUCAAACAAAAGAUUGAAUCUUUCAAACGUGCACAAGAAAAGGAUGACGAAUAA